AUUCAAGUCCUUGUGGAGAUUUGAGUAACAUGACAAGAACGAUACAUUUAAUAAUACAAUGUUUGUCUAUUAUACAUGGUCCGUACGCUUUUGGUAGAACAAUAAUGUGUAAGUUUUUUAAAUGUAUAAAUAACAGAAUGUCUGCGACCGUCGCAAGUCAAUGUCUCCUAUUAAAAUAUAAUCACGAAGUUCCAUUCCAAUUUCUAGGUUCUUUCUCUCCUUCAAACUCCCAUCCAAUUUCCUGUUGCUUCUUUAUUGAAAAGAAGCUACUGCUCAAAUAUCCAAACAUCAACCCUUUCAGUUUUCUCAUAGAUCUCCUUGAGAAAGGAUUAAUUAUGAUGCGGUCUGCUGUAGCAAUUGCCGGAAUUAUUGGCCUCGCUGCAAUUUCUUAUCGUCUUAUUCGUCAUUUUCUUGCUUCAAGCGAAUCCCACAUAGACAAGCCUCGAUCCAAAGACAAGAAGCAGAUAGAGAUUAUUCAGGGCCUGAACCAAGAAUGCACAACAGGGAGGCAUUUCCGUGCAACUCCAAUGCUUUUGAUGCUUUGGAAUGGAGAAAACCAAUACUAAAUAGUGUUGUGGAGGCUUUAUCUGAUCCUAAUACUCACUUAAUUGGAGUUUACGGCUCACAUGAUGAGAUCAAAGACACUCUGCUUCAGAGAGUUCGCAGAAGAGUUCAAAGAGACCAACUAUUUGACAUGGUUGUGACUGCAGCUGUAACCAAAUAUCCUGAUAUGAGGAAGAUUCAAGAGGAUAUUGCAAGUCAACUAGGGCUUACUUUCAUUCAUGUGUCCAAAGAUAAAAGAGCCAUUGAACUGAUGCAUAGGGUCAAGAAUGAGCAGAAAAUUCUAGUUGUACUCUGCAACCUCCACAAGGGGCUUGACCUGGGCAAACUAGGAAUUCCAUAUGGUGCAGACCACACAGGCUGCAAGAUAUUACUCAGUUCUACGUCUGAAGAUGUGCUAUCCAACCGCAUGCAUACCCAUGAUAAGAUGUGUGCUGUGGUAGCAAUUAUUGCUGGAAUUAUUGACCUUGCAGCAAUUUCUCUCAGUCUUCUUCGUCAUUAUCCCACUUCAAGUAAAUCCCAGACACACAAGCCUCAAUCCCUACAGAAGAAAGAAACAGAACAACUCAGGGAAUUACACUGUUAUGUAAUGGAGGAUAUGAUACCCAGGAUACCUACGAUGGAACUACAAGCGAACUUGUCCAAUUCCAAUACUUUUGAUGCUUUAGAAUGGAGAAAGCCGAUCCUGGGGAAUGUUAUGGAGGCAUUAGCUGAUCUAAUACUCAUCUAA